GACUUUUGCAUCAACACCCGCCACAGCCACCGCGGAGAAUACCAGAGCUCGCACCAAUUGGGCAUCUAUAAGCGACGACCCGCGGCUGAAAUGUCGCAAUUCACAAAUCCCCUCGCUACGCCGGAGCAACUCUACCGCCGCUCAACGUUUUCCUCCCUCCCCACCGACCUGCAAGAAGUCAUCUUUUUCGCGACACAAUGCCUCACACAAGCAGCUGGCCUGCUCCUGGAGCUCCCCCAAGCCGUCACUGCUCAAGCAAACGUAUUAAUAGCUCGCUACUGGUUAAUUGACUCGCCAAUGCUACACGAAUACAGCGACGUUUCGGCCGCAGCGAUAUACAUAGUUUCUAAAAUGGGCCCAAUGCCUCGCUCACCGCGCGAUGUGUUGACCGUAUACGCUUACCUCCUCUCCUCCUCGUCAUCCUUCUUCCGACCAACUACGAAACCCGACCCGCGGACAUUCUACCAGACCGAUACCGAGCAAUAUGCUUUUCAGCAACGAAUGCUGGAAAUUGAAGCCCGUAUAUCCUACUCGCUAGCAUACGACUUUCGCGUAGCUCUCCCGCAUCCACUGGCAAUCACAUACCUACAGACAUUGGAUUUCGCGGGUGUGGAAAAAGAGGAAAUCUCAAGGCGGACAACCCAAUAUCUCAACACGGCACUCUUGAGUCCGCAAAUGCUAUAUGUUACACAUCAGCCGCAUGCGCUAGCCGCAGCCGCUAUAUACUUGACAGCCAGAGAAGGCGGCGCAAAGCUGCCAACGAACGCUUGGUGGGAAGUAUUUGAUGUGGACCGUGAAGAAUUGGGCUUCUUGGUGGUUGCCAUGAAGAGCUUGAAUGGUUGGAUGAGCCAACGGAAGGACGAGUUACCAGCACUCAUGGGCGAAAACGGCAUGCUAACGUUGGAGGAUGUCUACGCCGAGCUACGAAAGCGAGGGCUAAUGGAGGAGGACAAGGGGAAGCAGCCCGCGGGGAAAUGAUACUAAUACCACCAACUACUAGCAGUCUGGUUUCUAAAUUUAGAUUCCAUAUGAGCCUCUGAUAUAUAAUGCUUUCAAAUCAAGUGUAUUCAAGCCCCAGUUGCUGCGUUGUGUCUACGCGUCGUCCACUAGCAGCAACUACUUGUUCUAUCCAGUAAUUUACUCUUCGGAUAAUAUCAUCAGACCAUUACUAACCUCUAAUUAAGCUAAAAACAACAAAUUAAUAACG